AAACAGAAGAGGUAGACUGCAUCCAUUCGGCCUAGUACUCUUCCUUGUAGUUUGUGUUUGUUUUAGACAUUUUCCUACUAGUUCAUCAGAAGUCGAGGAGGGAGUACCAGAGUCAAGAUCCAGAUACUAUCUCAUACAUCCACCUUGUAAAAACUCUAUUUCCUACCUCCUAAUUUACGUUAAGAAUAAAAUCCCAGCUUGAUCCAUGAAUCCAUUCCAAAAUUUCUUCAGCUAAACCCAAAGUCUUGACGAGUAAUAAUUGUUGAGGUAGGAUUUAUCAUCUUGGCGUCGACAAGGUAUAGAACAACUACUUCAUCUUCUGUGUCCUGUCUUCGACAACUCUGGUGAAAGGAAUGGAAAUAUUAGUUCAUUAUUUGUCCGCAGGCAAAGAUGGACUCUAAUCUUCCUAAAGAAAUCUUAUUUGGAGAAAUAAAGCUCACUGCAGUGAGCAAUGGAAACUACAAGUACUGUAGCCAACAAGAAGAUGUAUUAUCAGAAAAAGAAGAAAUUAUACUUGAUAACCUUUUUUUCGCGCACGAAAGAAGGUUACGAAAAGUGUUUGCUAAUGCUCUGGCCGCUUGUCAGCAACACUAUAAAGAUUUAUUAUCUGAAAAGCAAGAUGUACUCCGCAGAGUAAAACUUGCUUUAGAGGAUCUAGUUCCAGUAAUCGGUAGAUUACCGGAUGAAGAUCAAUUUAGAAAUAUAUUCUCGAGUUAUAUGCAGUUGCAGGAUAUUGAAGAUCUGUAUAUCCUUCGCAAAGGAAAUACAGAAGAAGACACAAGUCAUGCAAUGGAAAUCACCUAUGCCAAAACAGGAUGGUGUAUGCCAAAUUUGAAAACUUAUUUGCCUGCAUAUACCAUGUUACAACAAGAAGCCAUCAAAAGGAAUCUGAAGUACCUUGAAGAAGCCUCUGAAGAAGUCUAUCGAUUGAUCAUCCAAAAACUUCAUUCAGAAUCAAAAGGAUUCAAGAGUCUAAAGCAACAUUUAGAAAUGGCAACCAUCAAUACCCAUGUCACUCCAACAAUGCUCAGUUCAGAUUCAGGAUUAAUUAGUCUCGUCGUUGCAAGACUUGGAAGUCCAGAAACAUUAGUCAGUGGAUUCUUUGAGAAUGGGUUACUACAGAAACUUGAAGUUGACACUACAAGUUACAGAGAAGCCACUUUACUUCCAGGAUGUGUUCAACAAUCUCUGGUGGCCUAUGUCACAGAAGUUCGGAGGCUCAAGAAGAUCGUUCCACAAAAAAUCUUCUUGAGAUUCUACAGCACAGGGCCAGAUUGGGAAAAUGAUGGAGUUAGUUACUUCCCCAGUUAUCAUCUAAUUCUUAUGGAUUAUGAUGAGGAACUUCAGGCGAAGCCUAUCCAUUCAAUAAAGCGGGAAUGGCAAGAAGCCUGGAUGGAAGAAAAAGAGGUGCAGAAGAGAAAGGCAUUAUCCAUGAAAAUUAUAGUCGAGACUUUGCGCUAUAUUUUUCGUGAUACUUGUCCUUACCUGAAGAUUUAUGCAAUAUCUUCAAGAAUCUUGAUGCUGGGAAAACGUAUUUAUGGAAACAAUAGGUAUGGGUGGUAUCAGGCUCGGCAACGAGAACUUUUUGACAGAAUCAAUAACUGGUGCAAUGGAGAAUUUGAAGCUAGUGCUUUUUGUAAAGGACAUUAUUGCUCCUUGAUGCAGGGAUGCUUUCACAAAUGCACCAUCUGUCAGUCACCAGAAACCGACAACAUGUCAGAAGACCAUGCGCUUGAUGAGGAAGCUUUGCGCAAUUUAUAGCCUGACUGAAGCUGAGAUUGUUUUCCUUGUAGUCAGUGUUUGUUUCAAUGAUCUUUCAAGUUUCUUUAAAUGUCGAAGAGGGAGUCUAGUGUCUAAGCUCUAUCUUGUAAAUAAAGGUUUUCCACCUCAUGUCAUGAAUAAAACUCCAGUUUGAUCCAUAAA